AUGUAGGUCAGGGGAGGUCGCUUUGGAGCAGCUGUUUCAGAUGGCCGGUUGCUUCACGCAGGCAGGUGCGGGUGGGCGGCUUACAUGCGCCACAGCGGGUACACGAACGGCGAUCCCAUAGUUGGCUGGCGUUGGUGGAGCGUGGAGGUCGCAGGUCGAGUGCAGCAGGUUCGCCGCGAUGGUUUUCGUGCUCGUGGCUGGCCCUGGGAAAAGCCCGUCUCUCUCUCAGCUCGCGCGGCGGUCGCUGUGGGGUAGCUGCGCGCAACGAGCAGCGAAUCACACACACACGUUAGCUCUUAAUACGGCUGCUAUAGAGCGCGGGACUGGCGCUCGAGUGCAUGAUGGCGAGUCGGGGAGGCACUCUGUGGCGAUGCCUCGCCAACAAGGCACAGCGACGGCGCCAGAUGGCCGUGAUGAGGACGAGGGCGCGAACGGCGUCGGCGCGACGCAGGGCACAUUGGUCGCUUGGGCCAGGCCCGCGCUGCCGGGCUCUCGCGGGCCUAAGGCGGUGAGACGGGAACCCCGCCGUGGCUCGAAAUUAUUUUGCCAGCGACGACGUGACUGUGAGGUUGACAGCGCGAGUCUCUUACAAGUUUGCCUCUCGCGUGCCCUCGAACCCCGACGUCGGACGCACAUCGACGCAAGCACACUCCCUUGCCCUUUCGCCCGCUCGCAAAAGUACGUCUCGCGUUUCUCUCGUCCAAUUGCCCCUCCCAGCUGCGCAUUGCCCCUCCUCCCAUUGGUUGCACCUUGCACGUAGGCGCGCCCUUUGCAAGUCUACACAGCAGCGCUCAUUCUAUUGACCGCCUCCCCCCUGCCCCGUACACGCAGUCCGUUGGUCAAUUGGCACCCUGGUCACACCAUAACGCAUACUGACUGCCAGUCAUAAGCCCUUCACUCGCCCACCAUGGCCGACUCCGCAUCCGCAAACAUGAACCAGAACUCGGUCAGCGACGACGUGCGCGGUAAAGCCUCUCUCUGACGCGCCUAUGGGCAGCCAAUGCUGACCA